UUGAAUAUUAUUAUACAUAAAUAUAUAGUUUCUCUCUUUGACUAGUAUUGAUACACGUUGGUACGUAAUUGGUGUUUGUCGAGUUAGUCAAAAAAAUAUUUUCUUGGGAAAAGAGAUUAUGAAAAGAAAUGAGAAAUUAAAAGAAAGGAAAAGAGAGCAAGCAAGAACCCUUCUUUCUUCCACCUCCUCUCCUUUCAUUUAUUUUAUCACCUUUUCCUUUUGCCUAAGCUUUUAAGAUUCGUUGAAAAUAGCUUAAUGACCUAAUUACCACUACAUGCUUUAUCCUCUUUCAUGAGAUUGCUCGUUCUACAGUGGCAUGCCUACCGACAAUUAUAAGUCUUUUCGGGGGCUAAUUCGUAAUCUAUUCCAAAGAAAAAUUCGGAAUAAGUCUUGUCUCGCGUUAUGCAAACCCUAGUCUGAAUUCACCAUAUAUGUCCAUUCUCUCCAGGCGCUGCUUUGCAAAAGGAUGCUUUGGUAAUUACAUACCUCGUGACCAUUCUGCAUUCAACUUUUGUAUACAUUUUUUGGUUUUACUUUAUUAAUGAAAUUCAAGAGUGUGAAAAUUUGAAAAUCUCUCUCUUCUCUUUCUUUUUUGUUCUUUAACUCAACCUCAUUCUUCUUUUUAUUUACUAGAUCUCUCUUUUGCUUCAUCUUAUUCUUCUUGUCCAUCUUCUCUUCUUUGCUUUAUUUGAUCUCGCGGCUCUGACCAGCUCUCGAGUUGUUCGUUUCUGGUUAAUGGAUAUUGAACCCUCUUGGGAUCUUGGGGGGGUGGUUAUUUCUUUUUCUAAAUUGCAUGGCAACAUCAAAUGACCAAACCAAUACCAAAUCAUCACACUCUCAUACUUUUCUCCUUCUGAUCCGCACCUUCUUAUCUUUCAUUCUCUUCAUUAGCCUUACAAUCUCCAUGACUCAUCAUCAAUCCACAUCCAUGGUUGCUCCCUUCAAGAGGGUUCUUCUCGAAACUUCGGUUCCAGCUUCAUCGACAAUGGAUCUACGUCCCAAGGCUCGCACAAGACGUAGCCGCACUUCUAGGAGGAGAGAAUUUGGAAAUGAUGCUCAUGAAGUUCCUAGUGGUCCAAACCCUAUUUCCAACUAGUUACACACAUGCAUGUCGGAGAAUCAAUGCUAUAGAGGAUCUCAGAGCCAAGGGAUGAGUAGUUUGCUCGAAGAUUUAAGUUUUGUUUUGGGGUGCAAAUGUGAAGAGUCGAAGAUUUAAGUUUCUGAAGAAGAUUUAAGUUUCUGAUAGUGAAAAUAUACGAGUUUGAGAAGUCGAAUAAAGUUAAUGGAUUUAGCCAUUGCAAGUGUAUGUAGUUGAUGGAGAGUUUGGUCCUAAUCUCCGUUCACUACUUUUUACCUUUCGAAUAUUUGAUUUUUCUACACUUCGAGAGUACAGAUGUAAAAAAUAAAUAGAAGAGAUUUUCUAUGAGUUGUGGUGAAUUUGGUUAUAACUAUAACUUUUACUACUUUCUUCAAAAAAAA